AAAAUCACUCCACUCACCGUUCUCUAGCCAUUUUCAUUCGCCUCUUCAAUUUCUCUCGAAAAAAAGUAUCUUUCGAAGAAGAAGAUGAGUUCUGGCGCCGGAAGUGGAACAACCAAAGGAGGCAGAGGAAAGCCGAAAGCUACAAAGUCCGUCUCUAGAUCGAGCAAAGCUGGUCUUCAGUUUCCCGUUGGAAGAAUCGCCCGAUUCCUUAAAGCCGGAAAGUACGCCGAGCGUGUCGGUGCCGGAGCUCCGGUUUAUCUCUCCGCCGUUCUUGAGUACCUCGCCGCGGAGGUAUUGGAGCUUGCUGGAAAUGCAGCAAGAGAUAACAAGAAGACACGUAUCGUGCCAAGACACAUUCAACUUGCAGUGCGGAACGAUGAAGAGCUGAGUAAGCUUCUUGGAAGUGUGACAAUCGCUAAUGGAGGAGUUUUGCCAAACAUUCAUCAGACACUUCUCCCAUCAAAGGUUGGGAAGAACAAAGGCGAUAUCGGAUCUGCUUCUCAGGAGUUUUGAUUCUUCAUGUAUUACUAUCUUGUUCAAUUUUAGCCUGUAAAAUAGACUGGGUUUUGUUCCAAGAAGAUUUUUGGGAUCUCAUGUGGUUUGAAGUCUAUGUUUGCAAAUCUAGUAA